CGCGCUUCACAGUCCGCCCCCGAUACGGCGGCAGGCGCGGAGACUCCGCCCCGGCAGCCGCGGGGCCGCCUUGGCAACCGCUGGCGGCGGCAAGAUGGCGGACGACUUGGAUCGGUUACUGGAUGAGGUGGAGAGGCGGCUGUGUCGCCUGCCGGACGGCGACGGCGAGGAGGAGGCGGCAGCGGCGGAGCAGGGCAGAUCAGCUAAACUGUUAAUGAGUGCUGGCAGCAGUGAAGAAGAUAUAGACGACAUUAUUGAUGAAAUCUGUAAUGACAGCAGCUUUACCAAAACACCUCUGAAAUUGAAGUCUAACUCUGCAAGUCUUACACCUGAAACAAACAGUGCUGUUGUACAGUCUCAUAGGAAAAGAUGCUGUCCAGUGUACCUGGGUGGAAGCUCUUCACCAUAUGGCAUAGGAACAAAUAUUUCAAAAAGGACAUGUGAUCAGCUACGUUGUACUGCUUGUGACUUCCGUGUGUCGCUUUUCAAUGACUACAUCUGGGAUCAGUCCUGUGAUUAUCUUUUUUUCAGGAAUAACAUGCCUGAGCUCAGUAAACUAAGAGCGAAGAUGAUAAAGAAGAAAGGAGCACGAGCAUAUGCUUGUCAGUGCAGUUGGAGGUCCAUUGAUGAAUUAACUGACCUCCGAACAGACCAGCAGCUUCGGUGGGUUUGUGGUAAACAUGCAGAAUGAAGUCACUUUGUGUAUGGUACCUGCUUGUGUAGGAACAGGUCACAAAUUCAAUUUGUUUCCCACACAGUUUUCUGAGAACCUGAAUACUUACAUCUAGAAAUAGAUUGUAACACCCAGAUUUCAACCUGAAAUUUUUUUUUCAAUUUAACUGUCUUGCAAGCAAUGUGGGAGUUGAAUUAUUAGAAGAAACAACCAGUUUGGAGGCUUUGUGGAAGCUAAAUGAGGUUAAAUGAGGCUAAAGCUCAUACUCAACAGUGUUAAAGAAAGGAAGAGGAAUAGGCAUGGGGCAAAGCCCGCUGAGACUGUUCUCAUAUCUAGCAGAGAGCUUUAUUUCCCUUGUCUGCAGAAUCUUGGAUUCAAAAUGGUGAAUUGGGAUGCAGCCAUGACACAAAAGCGUAUGAAUUUCUGCACAGAAAUUAAUACUGCUGUUCUGCUUUUCUCAUAGUUGUUAACGAGCAAGUGGUUGUAGAUGUCUUAAAAAAUUACUGCAAGAUCAGCUCUCACCUUGAAGGUUUCAGCACACCCCAAAACUUUACUUUCUUUUACCCACCAGUAGCCAAAAACUGGAAAACUGGUGCUGGAAAUUUCCUUCCAGUUCCUACUGCUUUCUUCAAAGCACCUUCUGCUGACUAAGGACUUCUAUACCACAGUGAAUUUCUUGGACUUCUUUUCAGCCUUCGCUGCAAGAGGUGAACAAGUUCUGCAAUUGUUAAAUACUGUGCAAUUUUAAAGAGAUUCUGAAGAGUAUAUGACCCUUCUAUCAAUAUGUUCAAGGGAAAAAAGGCUCAGGCUUUUAAGAGUGAGAAAAUAUCUAUCCCCAUUGACAUUCAAGUUUGGAUUUUUUUCAGUUUCACUUAGUUUUCACUUCAGCUUCACUUUCAAAGUGCUACAUAUUCAGAAAGUAUAACUGCCUGUUUCAGCAUACUCCCUUCCCCCAGUAACGUCGCGAAACUACUUCCCGUAUCAUGUUACUUGGUGAAUUGUCUUGAUUACAGUUAAUGUCACUAUAGUUUAUGAGCUCAUUCUUUUCAUUAUGUAUAAAUAACACAGGAGAUUGAUUUGGGUUUGGGGUGAGCAGAGAGGAAGGAAAGGAUUACCAGUCCUGGCAAUUACUAGAUUGAAAAGUGUCUCAAGAUGGGAAGUCUGUCAGUAUCUUUGCUAUGCAGUAUGUGAUACUGUCCAGAUAAAUUCAAAAUUAAUUACUUAGUGCAAUUCUAGCUAUACAGAGCUAUUUAAUUUUUAUCUUUUUUUAAAAAAGUUUUGCUCAUGGCCCUAAUCUGUACAUUUGCCCUUUAUCUGAGCUUUUCCAAAACAAUUGCAUGGUCUUUCCCAUAGAGGUCAUCCCUCAAAUCUGUUGCUUUGUCUGUACUCUGAAAGAUACCAGUAGUGACCGGAGGCAUAAUGUACUCUGCAUCUUGCUCACCUUCUCCCUACGUGAGUUGGUUUGGGGGAGUUUUUUUGAACCUGUAGAGGACCAGCACUGUUCCUGAAGGCCUGGCAGUGUCUACGUUGUACAGUGCUUCUUCGGUGCUCUAGAGUGCAUGUUCCAGUGCCACAUGGAGCCUUGCUAGUAGGUUCAGAGGUGAGCUGGCUUCGGAGAGGUACUGCUUGGCAUAAGGUUGUAGACGUAUUUAGGGUCACGUAUUGGUUUCAAUGCAAUUGGUGUAUCAGGCUGAAGUUGCAACUGCUAGAGUCUAAAACUGCAGAUUCAGAAGAUAGAGAGACCCAGAGACCAGUUGAUUAAUGCUCCAUCAGCUCCUUGAAGAGGUCUGCUUGCCUUUCUGUCCUUUGUGAAGAGAAGGCCCCUGUGUGGACUGUAAGCAGUAAGUGUUCUUGGGUUUUCUUCAGGUGGGCCUGAGCAAUUUCCAUUCCCAGAGAUCCAUGCUAAUGGUAAGAGAAGAACCCAGCAGUAGUAUAAUUUAUUAACAAGCUCUAGAGAAGAAGAAACCUACUUUCCAUUCCUCUUCCUGAAGAAGAAUGGAUUUCAAAAAGUGCUGAGUUGCCUUGGCCUGCCUAUUCCAAGGCCAUUUGAAACUGGUGACCAAGUAGCCCCACAGGACCCUCUUUUGGCCUGGAUUUGCGCUGGACCUUGUCCCACAGUGAGCUUGCAAGAAUGAGUUGGGUUUGCAACUUGUGAGCAGCAGAUGAAGAGAAUCCUAACACCCAUCUCAGUUCACGAGACCAAGUCUUACAUGACUCGGAAAAGGAGCAUGUCUCCUGUACCCUGUUUUAAACAAACCAACAGAAAUAGUCACGCUCUCUGAACAGUUUGCGCUACCAAGUGUGUGGAGCAAAUGGUGCAGAAACAAAAGUUCAAGACAUCCAUUCUAGUGAUUCUUAUGACAAGAAGACAGCCUGCAGCACUUGAAAAGUAGAGGCUAGGAAGGAAUGGAGACACAAGGACUUAGAGUAUAGGAGGAGUAAAAAGGUUUAACACCAGUAUCUAUUGACAACAUUAGUCAGCAUUUCUCCUAGGUCAGCUUGUCCCUCAGUCUUCUGUUAGCCUGAAGAGUUGUAGAAAGAGAGUUCCCUUUCUGGGCAGAGAUUGUUGUGAGGUGAUUGUAUCACUAACACCAUUAAGACUGCACCCUAAGCUCUAAAAGUGUUAGAAGAUAAUCUUUAUUGGUAAACCUAUGUGGAAACCUGAGCCUUCCCCUGAAAUCAUUAUGUUAAUUCAAGUGUCAUUACUUGUUUCUGGCCUUGGUCAGAAUGGUGGGAUGUGGUGGCUCUUUGUCCAAGUGAAAUUUUAAACAGGUGCAGAAAUAGUGUUUAUUGUAUUGGUUUUCAGUACAGCGUUUAGCAUAUUUCUAGAUCUGAGAAUAAUUACUAUGUCUUGAAAUACAAUUAUUUUGUUAGAAAAAGGAGUGGUAUUAAGUAUUUGAUUUCUCUUCCUUUGCUUUCUUCAGUUACAUGUUAAAAACCCCUCCAGAGUUCUCAAAUGAAAAGAAUGUAAGGUAAAAUUAGAGCUUGAGUGUUCAUUUGAUGAAGUUAUUUUAAGAUUGCACAAGGUUUUUAAGAUGUAGCCCAGACCCUAAGUGAUAUUUCCGUGUCAGUUAGACAGCAGGGAUUAUGUAAAGAAUUUUGUUUAAGAAUGCCAUUCAGCUGUUGUCAAACGGAAGUACUGGAGAACAGUUUUGCUAAGUAUAAAUGUGACCAUUGUUUUCCUCCAGUUUUUUGCCUUGGAAGUAAUAAUACCAUUUCUGUUUGUGAAAUGGGCAAGGUGAAAAACCUGAGACUUUGAUUUUGCUUAGCUGAUACGCUUGCAAAUUUUCUAGCCUGCAGCAGAUCCCUCAACAAAGACAAAGCAAUGAAGGAUGACAAAACAAGAAUCCACACAAAAGCAUUCACUUGGAAAUGUAGUCAGUGGUUUAAUGUCAAACUUUUCUCAAUCUGUGUUCCUGCAAUACUUCUGGAUAGGAAUCCAGUCCAGAUCUACAUCGUACAUUUUUAUAGCUUUUCUUUAACAAAUUUUAAUGUGCUGUUCUGGCUAGAUCUCACUUUUUUUACCUGCAAGCUAUGGAGUGUGUCCAACCCAGAUGCUGAAUAUAGCUCAGAAGAGUAAAUAUUAAGGAUCUUGCCCUGCCAUAAAAUUGAACUUACAGAAGUGUGAUAGCAUUACAUAUUGCAAGCUAUGCACUGUAUAAAAUGGCAUAAAGAUAUUUUUUUCUGAGCACCCAUUUCAGUUUUGUACCAAAGGUAUUCUGCAAGUGCUAGGAACUGGAAGCUGUCACUUGUUGAAAGACUGCUCACUUCUCUUGUUUCCUGACAUGUGAGUCUUCGGGUCAUGUAACCAGCACAUGUGGUAGUCACACAAUAGGAGAGGGCCUGUGUUGGGAGCUGCAUAGGCAAAUUUUUCUUCCUGCCAGGCUCUUUUUACACAAGACCUGACCAGUUUUGUCUGUUGUGUGAUACCCAGUAAUCACAGACAGCCCAGCCUGUGGGGGAUGGAGUCAAGGAGUGUCAGAUGCUGCUUAUUUGUGAAGGCCACAUAUGAUGCCUGAGACUUGGCAUGUGUGCUUCGAGGAAACUAUUUUUGAAAUGUCAACACUUCAGUAAAAUAAAAAGUUGGAACAAAUCUGAA